UAAUUAAAACGCAGAUAAACAUUAAUAAGCAUCAAAGGUCAUUCAACUCGGAAACAAGACAAACAAAUUUUUUAUAAUAAAAAUUUUAAUUUGGUCGCGCCCGCAUUCAGUGCAGCGUCCCCACAGCAUUAAAAAAUUGUGCAAACUACAUUCAAGAGCAUAACCAAAAAAAAAGUGCGUAUUUUUAAAAAAAACAAAACUUUUGCUUUAACUGAACGCAAAACCAAAACAUUUUGAACUACCACGCAUAAAAAAAGCAUCUGAGAUGCAAUUUUUGUCUAGAAUAACGCAGCUUUGAAACUUUAAAAAUAUCUACAGAGUGCUCCCCUAACAAAAACAAAAACAAAACUAACAAUAAAAACAAAAACAAAAGCAGCAACAACUAGAACAAAAGCAAAACUGCACUGCAACACCAGGCGUCACCAGGCGUCAGCCGGCUUUUUUAGUCACACUUCAUGGUUUCUUGAAUUCAUGGUUUCUGUUUGCCUUCACACCUCCUGAUCGGCUGUAAUGUACUCUUACGCAUUGCUAGAAUGCACACUACGUUAAAAUAAGAUAGACAUACAUAUAAAUAAAAUGGAUAAUUUUGUACAACCACAAAAUAAUUUUUCGUACGUAAAGCGUUGCUCCUCAAGUAUGAGUGUACUUAUGGAAAAUAAUUGCUCAAAUGACGGACUGGGAAGUGUUAUUGAUGACGGUCCGCAAAUAACAGAAGUUCUAAAUAUUCAUUUUCCUCUAGAAGUUAAGGAAGAACAAUAUAAUGAGGCAAUAAUUCAACAAAAUGAUGAACUUGACUACGAAUAUGAGAAUAGUGAAAUACCCUUAGAAAUUCCAACAAUAACCGUCAGUAGUCCAAAACCGAGACGUUGUAUAUUCGGUUGUAAUAUUGCACGGGAAAAAUUAUUAAAAUUUCCACAGGAUCCGGAGCGAUAUCGAAAGUGGCUCAAAAUCUUUAAUAUCACCCAGAAACAGAUUGACGUACUGAGUAAUAUAUAUAGUUUACGAAUUUGCUUCAGACAUUUUCAAGAAUUGGAAAUGGCUAAGACCCGAAUAAAGACUACACCAACACGCCUCCAAAAGGAUGCGAUGUCAGCUGCUUCUAAAACGGCAAUUAUACAGAGCACUCCUCAACCGCUUACCGAGGACAUAAAGAAAAGAAUACGACCCAUUACUAUACAAAAUAAAAGUCAAUCUAUUGUAUUAGCUCCAUUGCAAUCAUCGAAUCCGGUUUCUUCGGUAGUGGUAUCGAAACGCACAAAUUCUAUAUCUUCAGCGACUUCAUCAAUAUCCAUAGCAAGUGAUUCACAGUCGGACAGUGAUUCGCAGCCAGCUGGUACACAACUUGGCAAAAACUUGAACGAGUAUCUACGUAAUAAUGGUGCACAACUAAAAAACCGUAAAGUAUACAUGAUAACAGAAAAAUGUGAAGAAGGUGGUGAACAGAUCAUUAACGCACACUCCUAUGGCGGACAGAAACGUAAAAUGUAUUUGCUUUUGGAAGAAAACGAAACCGCACAGAAUGACAACAACAAUAAAACACAAAAUACUAUUAACCCUGAAAAUGGAUAUAGCCAUGCACCCAAGAAACUGACCUUAUUCGCUAAUAAAUCCGAUGCUGAGCUUACAGAAAAAUUUGAUAAAAUAUUACCAGAAAUUCUAAAUUGCAUUCAAGCUAAAGAUUCGCCUGCAACGCAACUGGUUGAUUCCGUCAUUACAGCAACGAAAUCGGUGAAUGGUCACAGUACUCCAAAACAUAAUGCAUAUGUGUCUGAAGAAUCAAAACAGCAUAUAAAAACGCGUCCCCCUGUAACAUUGCCACCUAAAAAGAAUCAUGUAAAAACAAUAACAACAAAUGGUAGCGUUAGCCACAUUCACAAUUCCAAUGCAACAAAUGGCAAUCAUCACUCACAGGCCAAGCAGAUAUCAGCCGCCACGCCAGUUAUUGUCACCAACAACAACAACAAACUUAAUGGCAAAAUCAACACAAUAUCACAGAACACCACACAAAGGAAUAUCAAUCUCUCCCCAGACUUUCUAUUUCUAAUGAAGAUGUUGCCGAAGCUGGAGAGCAUACCGGAAGUACAGAAGAAUUUUGUGAAGAACUCGAUCGAGAAAAUCAUUUCGCAACAUGCAACCAUUUACGAUUAAACAUGGCCAUUUCUCAUAAGAUCCUUGAAUCAUUUUAUGAAUAAUUUUAAAAUAUUUGUUUAUUUUUAUCUAUAAAAUAUUUACGAUAUCUUUAUCGUGAGUGAGUGAUUGUAAUUUUUUGCGGUUGCAAAAUUUUUUAUAGAUAUUUAGUAUUGGUCUUAAGUUAAGUGCAUUUUUAAAGCUCAUUUUGAACAUUUUUGCUCAUAAGAAAACAAUUUCGAUAAUUGUACAUUUUUAAUGGAAUCAGAAUUAUAUUCGUAGUAAUCUAACUACUCCAGUGUCAUUAAAUUUUUGGAUAUUUCCAAGUGAAAGAUUUUAGCCUAUAUCAAAAUUACAAAUAAGCGUUGAAAUGUAAGAUUUUAUGUUACGGUACUUUAUUAACUCUUUUCAUAGACUGCCAGCGGUGUACGACAGCCGCAAGAUAUUUUAUAUUUCCUGAGGAAAAUUUUGGAAAACUUAUGUGUAAGCAUCAAAAAAUAAAUUAUAUUUUCUUAAUUAAAGUAUUCUAUGUAU